AUGCCGCCGGCCGCGGCAGUGGCCGCCGCCCUCCCUUCCCCCUCCCCACACCGCCGCGUCCCCGCCGGCGCCGCCAAGUCCAUCUGGCUAAACCCCAACCUCCCCAGCUCCCACCCCCUGCACCGCCACAAAUCCGCCGAGCUCCAGCACCAGCAGCAGGACCACGCCCCCGACGUCACGGCGCUCGUGGCGGCGCUCUCCGCCGCGCGCGCUGCCCCCGACGUGGCCGCCGCGCUGUCCCCGCACCGCCCCGUCUCCCCUCGCCUCCUCUGCACGCUCCUCUCCCGCCUCUCCGACCCUCGCCGAGGCGUCGCCCUGCUGGACCUCCUCGCCCCUGACCUCCCCGCAUCGGCGCUCCUUGUCCCGUACAACCUCCUCCUCCGCGCCGCCUCCCGCGCCGGCGAGCUGCGCCUCGCCUCCGGCCUCCUCCUCGAGAUGCGGGACCGCGGCGUCGCCGCGGACGCCUUCUCCUACUCCACGCUCCUCGCCGCGCUCACCCGCGCGGGCCACCUCGACCACGCGCUCACCUUCCUCCCGCUCAUGGAGUCCGACGCCGUCGCGCCAGACCUCGUGCUCUUCUCCAACCUCAUCCACCUCGCCCUCCGCGGCGGAGACGCGCCCAAGGCGCUCGCGCUCUUCUCCCGCCUCCGGGCCGCCGAUAUCAAACCCGACCUCAAGGCCUACAACGCCGCCAUCGCCGCAUAUUGCAAGUCCGACCUGCUCCGCGACGCCAAGCGGCUUCUGCUCCACGACAUCCCCGCCGACGGCGUCGCGCCCGACGCGGAGUCCUACGCCCCGAUCCUCGCCGCGCUGGCGCGCCGCGGCCGGCACCUCGCGGCCGUGUCGCUCUUCUCGCACAUGCGCGCCGUGGCGCGCGUCAAGCCUGACCUGUCGGUGUUCAACAUCGUCCUCAACGCGUACGGGCAGCUCGACCUCGCGCGCGACGCCGACCGGCUGUUCUGGUCGAUGCGCCGGGCCGGAGUGCCGCCGAGCGUGGUGACAUACAACACCAUGCUCCGCGUGUACGGCGACGCCGGCCUGUUCGGGGAGGCGGUCCACCUGUUUGGGCUCAUGUGCAGCGCUUUCGACGGCAAUGGCGGCGGCGGUAGCGUCGUCAAGCCCAACAUAGUGACGUACAACACUAUGAUUUCCAUCCACGGCAAGUCGCUGGAGGACGAGAAGGCCGGGAGCUUGGUGCAGGAAAUGCAGGCCAACGGCAUCCAGCCCAACGCCAUCACCUACUCCACCAUCUUGUCCAUAUGGGUGAAGGCCGGGAAGCUCGACCGCGCUGGGAAGCUCUUCGAGAAGCUGCAGGAGUCCGGCAUGGAGAUCGACCCAGUGCUGUACCAGACGAUGGUCGUCGCGUACGAGCGUGCCGGGCUUGUUUCACAGGCAAAGCGAUUGUUGCGUGAGCUCAGAGAACCAGACCAGAGCAUCCCAAAGGAGACGGCCAUAAAAAUCUUGGCCGGCGCCGGCCGGGUGGAGGAGGCCGCGUGGCUGUUCCGUCGCGCGGUUCACACCGGCGAGGUAAAAGACCCAUCGGUGCACCGAGCAAUGAUGGGCCUGUUCGCCAAGAACAGGAGGCACCGGAGCGUGGUGGAGGUGUUCGACGAAAUGAGGAAGUUGGGCCAUUUGCCGGACUCGGAGACGAUUGCCGUCACGAUGAAUGCUUACGGCAAGCUGAAGGAGUUUGAUAAGGCGGCUGUGCUGUACCGGGCGCUGAGGGAAGAAGGCUGCGUGUUCUCGGACAGGGUACACUUCCAGAUGCUCAGCUUGCUCGGUGCUCAGCAGGACUUCGAGGCACUGGAGCAACUGGUUGGCGAGCUUAGCCAUGACCCGAGCAUCGACAAGAGGGAGCUUUAUCUUGUGUCUGCUGGCGUCUAUGAGAGAGCAUACAGGUUUGACGAGGCGGCCCAAAUUAUCAGCCAGAUACGAAGUUCCAGCGAUUUUCACGUCCAAAAACUCAGAUAA